AUGGCUAGCGCUCCCUCUUCCUCUACCCUCGAGUCACCGGGGCGCAUACAACCAGUGACUCUUCGAGAUGACGUUGACAACGUCCCAGCGAUCUCCUGCGCUCCUCUUGAACCCCCUCUCAUGCUCAUGGACAAAGGGAAAGCGCCUCUCAGAGACUCGCAGUUGGCGGGCCCCUCUACACAUCCGGGUCUGUGUUCUGUUACGAAUGUGGCUCACACCUCUGCAUUGGGGGAUCCUACACUGGGUGGGUUCAGGGCGCACCCUGCUGUGUCCAUAGCUUUGGGGGUUCCUCUGCUGGCCAAAGUCACAUUGGACAGGGCACUGUACAACCCCAAAUCCAGGCUGACUGUGCUCUCUGCCAUUGCUCCAGAUCGCAUCACUGAUUGA